UAACGGAACAUGAUAUCAAGAAAGCAGGCGCCGAAGUAGUAAGGCAAGUUAAACCUUUCAGUUUACUUUACCCCGUAUUACAAGCUCUCGACGAAAGUUUUCUAUUGACAGUAGAUUCGUCAUCAAGUUCAAUUUUGAAUCCACACGUCGGCGAUGGAUUUGAUAAACCUCCUACCGUAAUAUCAGAUUUAACAUCUGCUAUCCCUUUGGAAGAAAUGCAAGGCCGAAAAGUUCUCGUAAUAUACAAUUUAAAAUCUGACAAAUUACAAGCUAUCGAAUCUCAAUGCUUUUGGCUGCCUAUUCUCCAGAUGCAGAAUGACAAAAUAUUUGAAAAAUUUCAGAGAGAUGUAGCAGUUAAGGAAAUUCGGGCAACACAACCUGAUCUUUUUGGACAAGAUGCCGGCAAAAGUGGAAAUUUUGAAAGAAACUUUAACGCUCGUGGUGGUAGCAUUGGAAGGCAACAUCACAAUAAAAAAUAUUCACCCAGGUUUUCGAAUUUAGUGCUAUCAGGAAUAGCAAAUAAUAGACCUCUUUUUCGACCGAGACCUGUGGAAACAUAUUAUUUGAUCCACGUAGCAGCACGAUUGAUUACAUCUACAAUAAUUUUCAAGGAUGUCCUACCACAAUUUGCAUGGAAAGAAUUUUUAAACGAAUUCCCUUGGGCAUUUGGAUAUAUGGGGAUUGGGAUGUAUUUAAUUGGAAUUAUGUACGUUGAUGUAGAAACGCAGCAGCUAGUAUUAGCACCUAAGAGAAGCAUUUCACAUCAUUUCCAUACCUUGACACCGGAAAAAUUGGAUAUCUUCGGAUGGUUAAUAGUAAUAGUUCCAUUCACCACUUUGAAUACACUGGCCAUACUUUCCGGUGUAUUUCGAGAUUAUGGUUAUGAAACGUUGGCUGACACUUUAGUAAAGGUCCAUUAUGCGUGGUGGGCAUUAUUAUGUUUCUUGAUGGCGGCUGGCUUAGUUUAUUUCGGUAAUCGAUUAUUAGAUAUAUUACGUGGACAAUUAAAAGAAUUCACUGGGCCUGGAUGUGUUGCUGGUGCAUUGUCGAAAAUGCAAUUGGAAGAAAUCAGGCGGAGAUUGUUAAAAUUGAAAUUAAUCCUUGGCUGUAUGAUUGCGACAAUGUUAUUCUUUACCGUGUCAUUGUUUAUUUUUGCAUUCUUUCGUGAAUACACGUUAAUUCAUGCGAGCAGGUUUCUGGCAUUCACUUGGAUUCUACUCUCUCCAUUUAUGAUUUUGGUGACUGUUAUAGCAAUAGCGAUCAACACGAUAAAGAACGAAACAACAUCAUCGACAAUCAAUUAUUUUUCCUUGUAUGUUCCAUCAUGGCCUCCAUCUUCUCCAUUACCAAUAAUACCAGAAAGUAGCAACAUCAAUCCCAAUCCGAAUUACAACCCGUCUUGGGCAUCGCCACAAAUGAUGCAUGGAGGUGGGCUUUAUCGUUCAAUUACCAUGUCAAUACUUUCUUCGUUCGGUACACCACCUUUAAUUUCGCAAUCGCAACAAGGUACACUUGGCACAAUGGAUCCCCAUGGAAGGAAAUCAAGUGCCGGAAUCCCGUUAUUAUGA